GGUUAAUAUUUUAAAAUAAUAAAAAAAUCAGGUUCAGCUUUAGUACUUUACUAACCUGGUAAACAAAGGAACUCUACGUAUUAUAUUUCCACUGUGAUAAAAGACAUGAGGUGAGUCAUGCGUUUAAGAAUGACUAUAUUUUAUUUAAAAUUAUUAAAAUGAUUAUAUCCCAGUUUAAUUUACGCUGUUGCCACACAAUAUUCUUUAAAUUAUUUCGUAGGCCUACCACUACCUGAUAUCGAUAAACUCUGUAAAACAAACAGUAGGUUGAGUACUCUUGAGUAAACACAACAAUCAUAAAAUGAAUAAGGGAAAUUUUGACUAAAUGGUUUGGGUUUUGCCAAGAGUUUUCUCGGUCUAAUCGCAGUGACAUCACAUUGGGGAAUCCCAACACUGGACUUACGUUGAAUAAAUCGGUUACCGAAUAAAUCUAUUCUUUGAUUUGAAGGACCCCGAACGAUGUGUUUAUAAAUAACAUUCCUGUUCUUUACUGAGCAUUACUCGCGUCAUAAACCAUGCGGUUAAUAUGAAGUAUAUAAAUAAUAAUAUUGAAAUGAAAUUUUAACUUAGACGUUUCAAGAUAAAGAAAUAUUUUAAAAAAAUGAAAACCAAACUAAAAGAUUUGUGGAAUACACUUUUCCACACUUUAUUAAAGGUACCAUGGAAAGUAAAAUCCAAAAGAUGUCUGAAAAUUCAAAAUCUAUUUUUCCUAUGACACCAAUGACACCAUCAAUAGCCUCGUUUUGUAAUAUUAUUUAACCACGCUGUGAAAUAUUGAUUUUUAAAACCCUUCAAUCAAAAGCAUUCCAUCGGUAUACACAAACCAUUUUUGCCAGUAAAACAAAAUGGCUCAUAAAUCGGAUAGCAAACAUAAAAAAUAAUUGUGUGUACCAAUUGAAAGCUUGGUCUAAGCUUUUUAUGAUUUUUCAAUAAUACCAAGUUCGAUGAUAUGUAACGAGGAAAUAAACAGUAAUUUUAUGUCAAGAAAAAAAAAUCUUCCUGCUUACUUAUUUUUAGUAUAAGAAAUUCAAAUCCCUGGAUAUGAAUGUAUCUUUUAUAUUACAAUUAUUGAAUUCUUUAGAUUUUGCUUAAGUCGGCAUCUCAGAAUUAAUUAGUAAAGUAAAUUUUAUAUCUUUUCCUCACAAGUUUUUUGACUAAUAAAAAAUGAGCUCCGGCUAAACUAAAAAAAUCUACAUUGAUAUAACAAAUAAGGGAUUGGAAAACCCCUCAUGAUCAUAUCCAAAACGGAAGGAUAGAGACCCAUUUUCAACAAGAUGGUGGUGGCCUUGUUAAUUCGUGAUCCAGAGCUUGGAAAUUUGUCAAUACUCCUAUAGCUUAGGCCUAUAAUACAUAUAUAAUUUAAAUUAGGCUAAGACUGUACUUAUACUAUUAUAUCAGCUGCUAAUUAAUCUAUUUAGCCUGAAACAAAACAUGAAAAAGAUAGAGUCAAAUAGUAACAUGGUUAAUCUUUUGUUUUUUGUAAAGAGGAUUUAUCCAAGUCAAAAGAUUAUCUUGAAGUUCAAUAUUUUACUGAGAUACUACUACUGUUCUAAUUUAUAUUUCUGCAUUAUCGCUAAUAUUAAUGCAUAUAAGUCCUAACUUAAAAGAAAGUGGGCAGCAAUACUUGAAGCUUAUUUUUUACAAAGACGCAAGUUGGUUUGAAAAUAGUGAAUGGGAUUGCAUUAGUAAUCACUAAAUUAACUUAGAGGCAGUCAACUUUCUAUGCUACAAUAUACUAUAGGACAGUGGUUCUUAACCUUUUUGGAGGUACUGAACCCCACCAGUUUCAUAUGGGCAUUCACCGAACCCUUCUUAAUAGGAAAAAUAAAACAUGAUUUAUUUAUUUUUGGAUCUCCGCCGAACCCCUGAGACUGACUCACCAAACCCCUGGGGUUCGAUCAAACCUAGGUUAAGAACCACUGCUAUAGGAUAUAUACCAACACAAAGACAGUUAAAAAGGGGUGUACUGAAAUGCCCAGGGCCUCAAGUUUGAUCAUUAACUUUAAUCAUUUCUAAAACAAAAUGUGUCCUUCUUUGAAAGAAAAUGAGAUCGCUUAAUAAAACAUCAUUUACAAUUUUAAAUCUUAAAAUACAUAUUUUUUCCUUUAGGCCCAACAGAGGUAGACCUGGUAUGCGAGGAGGUAUGAGAGGACCAGUCAGGCCCUUUGGGGGGCCCCCAGGGCCGUAAGUUUUUUCUGCUUUUGUUUAUAUCAAUUUCCAUAUUUUUAUACUUUAUACCAUUUUGUUUUUAUUGAAUAUAAAUAUAGCAAAUAUUUUCCAAGUUCAAUUUCAUACUGCAUUUAAUAUAUUUAAUGUAGUGGCAGAAGGUAAAUUUACACAUUCAAAGUAAUAGUGUAUUCUAAGUUCAACAUAUUUUUUAUAUUAAUUUUUUUUUAAAAUUUAGCUAUGAAAAUAAAUGGUUUUUAGGUAAGUAAGUAUUUAUACUUCUCUAACACUGUGCUUUUUAUUUUUAAGAUAUAGACCAUUCAUCCCCCAUAUUCCAUUUGACCUUGUCCAGGCAAGUAACGUUCAAGAGAACAUUUUUUUUUCAAUAAUUAAAAUAUUUCUUAGUGAUCCAUUUUUCUAUAACUAGAAUGUUUCAUGUGUUUCUGUGUGCCAUGAGUGAUGAAGAGGUAUGAACCUGUAGAUUUUUGUCUUAAUUUUUAUAAUAGGACCCUUUGUACAAUUUCUGAUUGAAAUUAAUAAUAAUUUUUUUUAUCUUGUAGUGUGAGAAUGCAUUUCCUCGAGCCAAACCAGCUCCUGAUGAGAAGGCACUUACUGAUGUGAGAAGAUCUAUUAAUAGUUUCAAGCUUUUUUUAAAAUAAUUUUUGUUUUUUUACAUUUGACAUUAAAUUAAAAAGUGAUGUAUUUGUGUCUUCUGGUGAAAAGUUCUCCCAUGUAGAAAGUUUCUAAUUUUUUGUUUCCUUAUAAAAAGCGAUUGUUCCUUAAAGCAAGAUUUAUGUUAAAGUGACCACCCUUUCAGUAACAAAAUUCGUUGUUUUUUUUGGUCGUACCAUAUUUAGUUUUAAUUUAUAGUUGUUAAUUAUAACAAAAUAUUCAAAGCUAGUGUUACAUGAAAGGGUUGGACACCUUAGCACCAAUUAAAUUAAAGCUGGUUAUGACUACCACAUUUUAAAAUAAAAGAGGAUGUCCAAUUAUUAUCAGGCUUUGCUAAAGCGACACACGGACCUGACACCGUCCUCUGCAGAGCAAGCGUCCAUCCUAGCUCUGGUCACCAAAGUUCAGGGAAUUCUUGAUAACCUUGUCAUCGCUCCAACAGGCUUUGAAGCAGCGGUAUGUGAUUCUAGUUAUUUUACAACUUUAAAAGGUUUUUAAUAUGAUUCAUUAGUCACUGGUUCACACAUAGCUUUGCUAUAAUAGUAUUUUUAUUUCUGUUACUAAAGACUUUAGAAGAGGUGCGUCAAGUUGGUUCAUUUAAGAAAGGCACAAUGAUGGCCGGCCAUAAUGUUGCAGAUAUUGUUGUGAUGUUUAAAACUUUACCUACAAGUAAGUCAAUUAAUUCAUCCUUUCAUCUAUUAGUUGAGCACAUUAACAAAUAAGAACUAGUUUACAUCUAUAGCUAGUGUAAUGAAAGAAAUAACUCAAGCAAUGCUUUGUUCUUCUGGAUUCAGGAUGUGGAAAAGGAUUAAGUAAAAUUCACAUGAUUCUAUUGUCUUUUUUUUCAUUUUCAGAAGAAGCGGUUACUGCUCUAGCAAACAAAGUCUCAGAAGAGUUAAAAUCUCAAGAACCCCAAGAAGGUGCUUAUAAACUGUUAUAGAAAACUUUUGACUCUAUUUAAUAAUUCACCUUGGUAUUUAAAUAUGAAAACAUCUAUAAGUAAGUCUUCCUUACCAUUAGUUUUCACGUUAUUGAAAUUCCAAAUUUGAAAGUCAUUUCACUGCAUUUGAUUAAUGUGCUGCCUUAAGGUUGUUUGUUAACUUCAUUUUUUCAGAAGCUGUUCCUCCUCGAAAGAGGGUAGCCCAAAAUUUACCUAAAACAGGUGCAGUUUAAAUGUAAAGAUAAAUAUAGCUUGAUUAUAAGUCUGCUCUCAUUAUUAUAAAGUAAAUAAUACUUCAAUAUACAUCAUAAUUACUUACUUUUUUUUAUCUUUGAGUUAUUUUACAUGUUAAUUUUACUAUUACUAAAAAUAAUUGUUAUUUUCUUUGAAGAACAAUCAAAAUUCCUAUGCCACCAGAAAAUGUUUCUAUUUUGUUUUGUAACAAAAGAUUAAUCUAAAUCAUAUCCACUUUCAGUUGUUAACAUGUUGCCAAACGAGUCUGGUUUUGAAGUAAACCUUGGCGAUACGUCAGUGCAAUGCCUCAUCACAACAAUUCCUCCCAAUUUGAAAAAACUGGAUCCAGAGUUACACUGUAAGUAGCUUUUUCCAUAAUUAUUAGUGAAAUCUAUAGUUUUUGUUUUUAAAAAAACUUUAAAUGUAAUUCACAAAUAUAUAUAAAUGGUUAAAUAUAUAUUUUAUCGUCGCAGUGGAUGGUAAAUUAAUGAACAGUCGUUUAGCUGCAAUUCGUCAUGCUCGUUGGUUUGAGGAAAAUGGUCAGCACUCAAGUGUCAAAGUUCUUAUACGUCUGCUCAGAGAUCUGAAAAACAGAUUUGAAGGAAUGUCACCACUCACCCCGUGGAUUAUAGAUCUACUUGUAAGCAAAUUUUUAAAAUAUCAUUUUGAAAUGUAGAAAUUUCAAUAGUUUUCAAAUUAAACAUAUUUAAUAAGUUCAAUUAGCUAUACAAUCUUGCAAAAAUGUUGCUCCUAUAGAAACUCAAAUCAUGCCUCAUCAGCUAACAAAUUAAUCAAUCAAUACUCCAAAUGGUUGGAUUAAAAAAAAAAGUCUUUUUUUUACUACUGUCAACUUGAGAUGAUUUGUUUUUUUGUUUUUUUUACCCAAUGAAGAUGAUAAAACAUGAAAUUAACAUUGUCUGCUUUCAGGCCCAUUUUGCCGUGGUCAAUAAUCCAUCACGACAACCUUUGCCCAUUAAUCAUGCGUUUAAGUAAGUAUGACAAUAAUUUAUAUUUUAAGAUUUGGAAAGCAAAAUUAUAAAAAAUAUCAUCAUUUGUUGAUGCCUGAUAGUGUUAUUUUAAUUAAGAAGAUAUUUUUAAAAUUAUAUUCAAUUUCAGUGAAAUUUUAUAAUAUAAUAUUUUUUUUUUUCUAAAUUAGAAUUUAUUUAUAUUAUACUUUUUUUUAUCAUCUUUACUUAAUAUAGACGAGCUCUUCAGAUGCUGGCUGCUGGAUUUUUUCUACCAGGAUCUGUUGGCAUUACUGACCCAUGUGAGCAGGGAACUAUCAGAGUGCACACAGUCAUGACCCUGGAACAGCAGGUCAGUUUGUAAUGCAACACAUUGUUUUCUCUUUUAUUAGCAAAAUAAACUUACAUAUUUUAAAUUAUAAUUAUAAUUAAUUUUUUUAAAGUAGGAAUCUCAAACCAACUGAAGAAUACUAGGAGAAUUUUGAUUCCCAUGGGGGCAUUAACACAGUCCUACUAUAUACAUUGGAGUUGUCUUGUGACACUCGUCUUUUUGCCAGUUGCAGAUGAAAUUCCAGGGCUCCAUGAUGCUUGCAGUUUGAGGCCCUUCUUAAUUAAGACAAACUGUUUAUGGUUGCAAUGUCAAGAAUAAAAAAGAGAUUUUUAUAAAUAAACUAGGAAAGGGACUAAAGAUUCUAAUUUUGUUCUUCUAUAUAUAUUAGAUAAUAAUAUACUUCUUAGAGCAGUUUUGAAAAGCUUCAUGGCCUUUCAAUGUUCCACAGAUUUAGUCACUGAAACUUAAAUCUAUUGAUUAAUUUAUUAAUGUGUUGCUGACUACAUGGUUACAUAAAAUUGCAGUUUUUCUGUUUUGUUUAAAAUGAAAGUGAAACUGAAGUUUUCUUUGUUACUGUUGCGUAUUCAUUGUUUCAGUUUCAUUUCUUGGAAAAAUGUACAUCAUUAUGUAAGACAUGAUUCCACCUCUUGUGACCUAUCAUGAUGAAUAUUUCAUUUAACCCCUUUUUUACUCUUUAAAUUAUCUUUUCUUUUUUAACUUGAUGCACUUGAGGAACUUUGUUGCUAGCAUCAGGUAUAGAACUUAUAUUUGGUUGGAAUUCAAAAAGAUUUUGACUAAGUGAAAAAUCAAUGUUAGUAUUUUUAGUGUUAUUUUUUUAAAUUCAGCUAAAAAAUAAAUUUGCAAAUCGCUUUUAUCACACUUUUUUUUGUUGAAGACUAAAUUUUUAGCUUGAAAACACUUCUUCCAUAGGACCAAGUUUGCUUCACAUCUCAGACUUUGCUGCGAGUUCUGAGUCAUGGGGGAUACAAGCAAAUCCUGGGCAUGGAAGGAAAUGCUAGUGAGUUUUUUUUGUUUUUUUUUUCAAACCCUUUUAAUUUAAUGAUAGCUUUAUUAUAUAAUGAUAAUAUAAUAGUACCUGUCUAAAAGACAUAUGAUUAAAAAGUCCCAUCUGAAGGAAUAAAAGAAAUGCUACUGUAUGGGGAUCUACAUAUAAUUAUUUGGAGGAGAAAAAGAAGAAAAUUGUUGACAUUUAACUUUGCACAUCCAGGUUUGAGUGUCUUUUGAAAUUCUAAACAUAUUACUAAUUAAAUUUAAGCAUAGUUACAUGUUACAAGUUAAUCAAAGACACAGGUUUAACCGGGGUGGUAUUAAUGUUAUUUUACUCUCCGACAUUAAGAGAAUAAUGGCUAACGAACAUGAUAUUUGUAUAAAUUAUAUUUUUCUCAUUGAAGUGGAAGUAGAUUUAAAUGAAGAAGUUAUUGAAUUUCAGGUAUCGCCACAGAAAUGAGUGUUUGGGAAGGCGUUGUGGUCUCUCCAUCAGAGAAAGUUUAUGAGAAGCCCUCAGAAAAGAAAGAAGAGCAAGAUGAGGAAAUGGAUGAUGAUAUGGAUGGAGAGAGUACAUAAAGAAUUAUGUAUAGUUAUCUUGAAAGAAAUAAUAUAUAUUUAUGAAAAUGUCUUAGCAUCUAAGCAUAACUCACAAUAAUAAUACAUGUGAAAAGUCAUACUCACUCAUUUUUUAAAAGCUUCAAAGUAUUGUACAGAUUUAAGUACAAAUUUGAACAUCGUUAAAUAACUUCCGUACCAAUUGCAAUCACCAGUAAAAAGUGGUUCAUUUCUUUAAUUUUUAGAUGACACAUUUUCAAAUAAUUUCUAUUAGAAAUAAUUUGAUUGGAUUUAAUUGUAUAAAUGCAUGUUAAUAAAUUAAUAGUAUUGUUAUGUAUGUUUAUUUUUUUAUUUAAACAUUGUUUUAUUGAUGUUUUUGAAAACAUUGUUUUAAAGAGCUGUUGUAAUUUGAUAGAAAAUAAAACCAAAUCUGCUCAUCUUGAUGUUGAUGAUAAUUUUGUAUUUGUUCAUGUCCUUAACAGGAAUUUGAUAUAAGUUAUUUAUGAAUGCGUUGAAACUUCAAAUACUUUCUUGUUUUUCAACAAUUAGAAGCCUAAAAAUGCAAGAUAAAU